AUCCUGUUGAUACAGCCGCGAUCAUGGGUCUACAUCCUCACAGUCCAUCAGACUAUCCUUCAUUCCUCUUAUACGUUCUGGAUGAGACACAUCUCACCAUCACCGUCCUCCACGCUGCCAUUAUCAUCUACACACGAGAUGCUCAUAUAGCUUGGAUCGCUGUCGGAGCUUUGGGAUCAUCACUUUCAGCUAAAGGCAUCAAACACUUUAUCAGAUCACCUAGACCGCCUCCACCUCCUCCUACCUCCAAUACAGAUCUGAAAUCCCACGUUCGACCGAAAAAAACCUAUGGCAUGCCAUCCACUCACUCCACCGCAUUGAGCUUUUAUUUCUUCUACCUCGUCCCGGAGCUUUUACUCUCAAGCCAAAUGCUCGCGUCAUUGCCUUUCACUCUAGGUAUAAGGAUACCUCUACCUGCGUCAAUACGGCCGUAUAUACCGUCCUUCAGUGCUGUUCCCAAACUUCGAUCAGCAGGCACCUUUGGAUCCGUCAGACCACCACGGAAGGAAAUACUUGAUUCUCUGACUACGGGUCAGAGGUGGUCCUCCGCAAUUGGGAUCACGGCUUAUUGGCUGGGCGGGCUUUGGUCACGUAUUGAACUCGGCUAUCAUACGUACUCUCAGGUUGUUGUUGGAGCGGCUUUCGGAUGGCUCUUAUCGACAUUAUGGCGAGGCGUCUGGAUCGCUAAUCCUGCUCUGGGACCUUGGCUUCAAGGUUGGAUAGACACGGUAUGGAAUCUGGGCAGAGGCCUCUUGAGCAUAUAGUGACAGCAUUGCAGACCUCGAGGACCGCUCUUGCUG